AUGGCAGCUUCAGUAGAUGAUGUUUCGACAACUACACCUUCACUAGAUGAAGUUUCAACAAUGGCAGCUUCAGUAGAUGAUGUUUCGACAACUACACCUUCAGUAGAUGAAGUUUCAACAAUGACACCUUCAGUGGAUGAAGUUUCAACAAUGGCAGCUUCAGUGGAUGAUGUUUCAACAAUGACAGCUUCACUAGAUGAAGUUUCGACAAUGGCAGCUUCACUAGAUGAUGUUUCGACAAUGGCAGCUUCACUAGAUGAUGUUUCAACAACUACACCUUCAGUAAAUGAAGUUUCAACAAUGACACCUUCAGUGGAUGAUGUUUCAACAAUGGCAGCUUCAGUGGAUGAAGUUUCGACAACUACACCUUCAGUAGAUGAAGUUUCGACAAUGGCACCUUCACUAGAUGAUGUUUCGACAAUGGCACCUUCACUAGAUGAUGUUUCGACAACGGCAGCUUCACUAGAUGAUGUUUCGACAACUACACCUUCAGUAGAUGAAGUUUCGACAAUGGCAGCUUCACUAGAUGAUGUUUCGACAACUACACCUUCAGUAGAUGAUGUUUCGACAACUACACCUUCACUAGAUGAAGUUUCAACAAUGACACCUUCAGUGGAUGAAGUUUCAACAAUGACACCUUCAGUGGAUGAUGUUUCAACAAUGACAGCUUCACUAGAUGAUGUUUCAACAAUGGCAGCUUUACUAGAUGAAGUUUCGACAAUGGCAGCUUCACUAGAUGAUGUUUCGACAAUGGCAGCUUCACUAGAUGAAGUUUCAACAAUGGCAGCUUCACUAGAUGAUGUUUCGACAACUACACCUUCAGUAGAUGAAGUUUCGACAAUGGCAGCUUCACUAGAUGAUGUUUCGACAACUACACCUUCAGUAGAUGAUGUUUCGACAACUACACCUUCACUAGAUGAAGUUUCAACAAUGACACCUUCAGUGGAUGAUGUUUCAACAAUGACAGCUUCACUAGAUGAUGUUUCAACAAUGGCAGCUUUACUAGAUGAAGUUUCGACAAUGGCAGCUUCACUAGAUGAUGUUUCGACAAUGGCACCUUCACUAGAUGAUGUUUCGACAAUGGCACCUUCACUAGAUGAAGUUUCAACAAUGGCAGCUUCACUAGAUGAUGUUUCGACAAUGGCAGCUUCACUAGAUGAAGUUUCAACAAUGGCAGCUUCACUAGAUGAAGUUUCAACAAUGACACCUUCAGUGGAUGAAGUUUCAACAAUGGCAGCUUCAGUGGAUGAUGUUUCAACAAUGACAGCUUCACUAGAUGAUGUUUCAACAAUGACAGCUUUACUAGAUGAAGUUUCGACAAUGGCAGCUUCACUAGAUGAUGUUUCGACAAUGGCACCUUCACUAGAUGAUGUUUCGACAAUGGCACCUUCACUAGAUGAAGUUUCAACAAUGGCAGCUUCACUAGAUGAAGUUUCGACAAUGGCAGCUUCACUAGAUGAUGUUUCGACAAUGGCAGCUUCAGUAGAUGAUGUUUCGACAACUACACCUUCACUAGAUGAAGUUUCGACAAUGGCAGCUUCACUAGAUGAUGUUUCGACAAUGGCACCUUCACUAGAUGAUGUUUCGACAAUGGCAGCUUCACUAGAUGAUGUUUCGACAAUGGCAGCUUCAGUAGAUGAUGUUUCGACAAUGGCAGCUUCACUAGAUGAUGUUUCGACAAUGGCAGCUUCAGUAGAUGAUGUUUCGACAACUACACCUUCACUAGAUGAAGUUUCAACAAUGGCAGCUUCACUAGAUGAAGUUUCAACAACUACACCUUCAGUGGAUGAUGGGAACCUUGUUGUUAAACUGACAUCGGCAUUUAUUGAUUGA